AUGCGCUCCCCUUUCUCUGCUAAUACUGAUAGAGACGAUGUCGAGGACAAAGAUAAUGAUGAUAAUAAAGAUAAUAAAGCCAAUACUGCGCUGUCUAGUAUACCGACCUCCUCGCCUUAUUAUAAGCCUCGCCAUGACCCUAAUUUGGAAUACCCUGGCCUUAGUAACAAACCCUGCCCCCAAUAUAAAAGGUUGAAAAAGUCUAUAGCUAAGUACUACCUGAUUCCUGUAGAGCAGCUUGACCAGGCUGUUACAACUAUAGAACUAGUAAUGACCUGUGCUGCUAAUUAG